AUGCGUUGCAUCUGGCAGCAAAAGACUUUCGUUGCUCUGGUCGCACGCGAUUUCUCUUGCCUCAUCACAGACUACCCCUGGCGGAGCUGCUAUCUGACACCCUUCGUUCCCACAAGCCGUCCAGAUGUGAGUUGCGGCACCUUUAGCAAGUUCGUAGCAAACCGAUGGUCUCAAUGCAAGUUUUCCAAUGCAAACCAGAUCUUGGACCUGCUGGAUCCCAACCAUGGAGAUGCGCCCCGACCGUCGCACGGUCUCCUCCUCACCUCGAUGUACGCAGAUGCCUUCAACCGUUAUACGUGCUCCCUCUACCCUGUCGGCGUAAGUUUCGUCCAACGUGAACUUUCGCAUUUUUGUGCGAGCUGUCUGACUCUCUUUUGGGCUCUUGCUCCCAGGACGGAACCUACAUUAUUCAUGUCUUUAACUUUAGCACGGGUCGUGACGGUGUCGUACAUGGGAGUCGAAUCGACCGCAGCCGUUUCCGCGGCAGUGACGAGGACCUUCCCAACGAGGACCUGCUUCGCUGGCAUUAUCGCCAAUGCGUAUUGAUGAACAUCCGUCGCUGGGCUGUUGCUGAGUACGCCGUCUCAGUGUCCGACAAGGCUCGUCGACUUGGGAAGAAGAGGCGCGCUGAUGCAUUCGCUGCCUGA